AUGGUAGAACGACCUGUCAAAGAAGAAAAGGAACACAAAACAGAACCUCUCUUGGAUUUUCCGCCCACAAGAUCCGCUCCCGGGGUCGACAAGAUCGGCGGCGAGAACCCCACGUGGAACGAUCGGUUCCUCUUCAAGGUCCCGUCCGCAUUUCUCUCAAGAGAGACCUCCCAUGUCUCCAUCCAGAUCUACGCCGUCGGCUGCUUCAGCGAUCACCUCGUCGUCGGCACCGUCCGACUUCUGAUCAACAACUUUCUCGACGUCGCGUCCAAGGUUCCGUCGGCUGCUUCAGCGAGACCUUCUGGAAGAUUCCAAGGCGUGUUGAAUGUGGCCGCGAUGGUGAUCGACGGCUCGUACCUGGCUCCGGCGGUGAGCGAGUUGUCUGCAGUCGGGUACCGCGACGCGACCUGA